UGUGCAUUCGAUUUCAGAGUUGAAACUGUACGGUUUGCAGGGUUUGGUUUUAUCACUAAGGUACGGUGGGUGGCGCGUGAAAUAUUUCAACAAUUUGAAGUAUUUUUAUAUCUUUAGCAACUGAAUUCACUUAGCGUAUAGUUAGUUACCAGGGUAUCUUUUAUAAUUUAAACAUUUAGACUUAUUUUAUUUAUUUUAUUUCUAUUUGGUAAUUAAAAAAUAUACCUACUAAACAAAACAAAAACGGUUGAUAAACUGACAAGAAAAUAGUGCUUAACUAUUUUGUCUUUACCUAUUUCACAUCUACUUUUUUUUUAAAGUUGUCCGUAGCCUUAAAGGGUAACAGGCCGGUGUACUUGUAUCAAGCGAUCCGACUAUACCGGUGUUCACAUUCCGCACUAAUCUUUUUACUUCCACAAUCCGAAUCCGCAUCGUGUAAUGAAAAUCAAAGUCGCCAAAUUUCAAAAGCUUUGUAGUUGAACUUCUUGUAAGUCCAUCACCUGACCUAUUUCUGCUGUGAAGCUGUCCCUAGGACAGCCCUUCAGGCCAUAAAGUAGUUGAAACUAAUUAGGAUAACAUUAACAAAACAAAAUUUGAGACUACGGAUGGCCCUCGUCUCGAAUGUCGAGAUUAGUUCUAAUUAUUUACUACCAUACAUACCAGUAAAUACAUUUAAAAGGGUACUUUGAAUAUUAAGACAUGGUACGCUAGUGGAGUUUUACAAAAAAAAAUUGGCUUAUAUAAUUUACACGGCAGUUGUUUUUCUAUAAAUUGCAAAUAAAAAGACACUUAUUGAUAGAUAAUUUCAUUGUAAAUAUUCAAUUAUUAUAAUUAACAGACAAAGUGCAAUAAACUGCAACAGUACGCUAUUGUAUAUGGGAGGUGCGUCUAGUCGUGAAAUGUGACGUGUGUCGGCCUUGGCGUUCGGAUAUUGUCGGACUGAUUCGUUGCUAGCUCGGCUAGUAUAUCCAUUUCAGUCGUACACAAUGUCUGCAAUCCUUCUACCGUUUCGGAUUUCCACACUCAAUGUUCGAGGAAACUGACUCAGCUGUGAAACUAAUCUACAGCUAUGCGAUACCUUAUUUCGUUACAACCAAAGUCCAAUUUCGUUUACACCGGCGACACGACGACUGAUAUCUGCGACUUCGAUACGUCAAAUUAUAGUUCUUUCUCUUUUUCCCAAACCACAAACCUACCUCCGUUUAGUAUAGUAAAAGCGCUGAGGAGAUAUGGACUGUUGCGCGAUUCUGACGUUUUAAUCGAACCAGCUUUCGAACAUAACGAAUCAACGACGUGUUUAACUGCAAUUUACUAAAUACUAGCCAUUUCAGAUUUAGUGUUUUACAGUGAAAUUACAUACGAAUAGUUAUUGAUAUUGUUAUAACGAAAAUAUCGAUACAAUUGAAUACGAUAUUGUCGUAGCUAUUGUUUUCACAACAUACAAUUAGCAUUUGCGACUUGUGAAACUACAAGUGAUCUUGUGGACAAUAUAAUUAAAAUUAAAAAAACGGGAACUAAUACGUGUUGUGCGCGUGUUCGUUACGGUCCAGUGAUUGUUGAUCCCCCUGAAUCUAGUGUCCUCAGUGUUAAAUUGAAUACACGAAGGAAUUAUCGAAGCGCUGAUGGAUUGCGUGGUAAAGGUAUUCAAGUCGGGGCGUCAUGGUGGCGCGCGUGGUUGUGACUAGCGUGCACAAACACCGGCAAAACGGCGACAACGGAGACAACGUCGAUCCUGGCACCACAGACGGGCGGUGCGGACAGUGCCAGCGGAGGGUCUGGUGGCUCGGGCAUGGAAUGUCUUCCUCUCCGUUCGCAAUCAUUCCACUACCUUGUCUCAGAGCAGGCUAAAUCCCUCGUCGCAUUACAGGAACUCCAGAAUGAGGUCGGGGCCCUGCUCGAGUUCCGCGACCUCGUCAUCGAGACGUUCCCGAAUCUUCGGUCAAAGAUGGCGCCGUCGCGCGGGAACAGCGUUACGCGGCGCGACUGGGAGCCCGGAGUGCGCGUGCGGCGCAAGCUCCCUGCGCCACAAGAGCCGCGAGCUAAACCUCAUCCCUCCGUGCAAGACUCCGGCUUCAGCACAGAGACCUCAUGCAAGGAAGCGCAUUCGUCCGCAUCCGCGUCGGCUUCAGCGUCGAGGUCGCGUCCGUUGGAAGACGAGCUGUGGGCGUUACUUGAUGUCAUCCAACGUAAGGGCGGCAGAUUGCGGGAAGAGGCCGAACUGCUGCGUGGGGAACUCGACGAGCGGGCUACAGCCGAAGACGAAUUCACCCACACCGUCUCACACCAGCACUGCGAUUGUGAACAUGUACAGAGGUUGCGCGAGGAACGAGACGCCUUGCUCGAAAGAACAGCGCAGCUUGAAGCGCAGGUGCAUUCGUCGAGCAAGCCGACAUCGGCGCUGGGCCGGCUGGACUCUACGUUUGGUUCGCCGUCACGAGUGCGCGUGCCGACUCCCGAUUCGGAAAAGUUCGCGGCGAUUCUACUCGAGAGCAAUCCCGUCGAACUGCAGAGACAACUCCUCAACUCCACCGUUCAGAAUCAGGUUUUAAGUGAACGGCUGAAACGUGUCGUUGCGCAGCGUUCGUCACUUUUCGAAAGAUUAGAAAGAGCGCGAGAUGUCAACGAAGAUCUAAAAUUUAGAUUGGAGGAAAAGAGCAUAGAGGCGGAGACGGCCCGGGGUCGCGUGCGGCAGCUGGAGGCGGGCGCGCACAGCAGCAUGCGGGAGAUGGAGCCGCUGGCGCUCCCGGGCGAGGCUCCCGGGCGCCGGGCGCGGCCCUCCCGCAUCCCGCUGCACAAGGGCGCCGCCCCCCGCCAGCCGCCGCCCCGCCCCCCCUCCGCACACUCGCAGCGCUCGACCAAGUCCGCGGUGCCCGUGCGCCGGGAGCCCGCGCCCGACGCCAAGAGCGGCUCGAGCGCGGAGUGGGAGGUGGCGUGGGAGUACGUGCGUCGGCUCGCCCGCCUCGAGCCGCGCCUGCCCGCCGCGCGCUCGCUGACCGCCGAGCUGCUCAGCGCCGACCCCGACUCCAUCGAGCUGUGGAGCGGCCGCCCGCAGCUCUACUUCGAGAGCAUGCGCUAUGCUGACGACGGAGACUUCGAGGUCGACUCUCUCGCUUGAUCGGCCCGACUUUUAUUGUACUCUCUCGCUUGAUCGGCCCGACUUUUACUGUAGACUAUCUGGCUUGAUCGGCCCGACUUUUACUGUAGAGAAUGUCCCUCAAGCUUUUGCGAGUCACUAGGUUAUCUGUGUGCUUAGUGCGAGUGUUUUUAACGUUCGCGAUAGCGUAAAAGUUAGGUCAUAUUUGUAUGGAAUGGGAUCGUUUGCGCACGUUUGCCGCUAGGGGCGUUGUUCCAAUUGCAUACAAAAUUGGCUUAACUUUUAUCGCUAUCGAGAACGUUAAGAAACUCGCACUAAGCGCACUGGAGUUAUUUUUAUGUAGAGCAAAAAUAACGCAACUAUGUCUAGGGUGCGCUAUAUUCGCUCUGUUCAUGGAUUCUUUUCACAUGCAGCCGCUCUAAAAUGUAGAGAAUUCCCUGAGGUUUUUGCGAGUCGUGAACGUGAUUAAAAAUACUAUUAUGGUUUAAUCUCGCGUUUGUUGAAUUGUGAGUUAAUUGGAGUUAUUUUUAUGAAGAGCAAAAUGAACGCAACUAUGUUUAGGGUGCGCUAUAUUCGCUCUGUUCAUGGGUUCUUUUCAUAUGCAGCUGCUCUAAAAGUACGAGCUCGUUUCACAAUUUUUAAAUAAACUUAAUAAAUAAUUCGGUUUUCUUGGUUCUUAGUCAUCGCUGUUCCUUUAGCAAAUGCGUAACAUAUACACAUUGUUGCUUGGCUCGCAUCCAAGAACAGUGAUAAGAUCAACGCCGAGCGUGCUACGUUUGCACGCUUCAAGAGUCGCGAUCGUUGAAAUUGAAUGAAUUUUUCAAUUCUGAAUUUUAGUUCACAAUAAGCGUGCCGUACAAAAAAUUAAUAGCGAUUUUUUUAAAGUAUGAUGUUGCGAAACUCGUGCGUUACGAUCAUUUUUCUUUUACGGCAAUGAUUAUUUUACAUCCGGCAUAAAAAAUUCGAGGUCAAACUUUUGUAUUUUAAAUCACGUUUUUAAAGCAUACUUUCUAAAUUUUAACACGCGUAACUUAAUUUCUUUCUGUCGAGUUAAACGCUCACUGUCGUCAGCAAUCAAUAUAAUGUCACUCAAAUUAGUCAUUUGAUCUAGUAAAACGAGAAAAGCUAUUUAGUCUGACACUACGAUCAUGAGACAAAGACUCUGAGGCCGAAAUCUUUUAAAGUAUAAAUCCUGGAUAAUAUCAUGCAGUUCACCCGCUGGGUACGCGCGCCGAACUGUUUCGAUCAUGUAAGUGUUGUAGCGCUUGUUUUGAUAUUGACAGCUGUUAAACGACUCUGCACAAUUGAUUUCUCUCGUACGACGAGCAAUAUUUAGUUAUACGCUUGCAUGAAUUGUGCUGUGGUAUUUGAUGUCAUCAUAUUAUAUUGUUUAUUAUUCAUUAUAUUGUAUGUACUUUGUUGAAAAUAUCAAGCACUGAAUAAUAAAUAUUAUAGUGCACUCACUCUCUUUGUUGAACGAGUAAGAAAACGUAUGUUCUUAUAUACUUGCACGAAUGGGUUUUAUUAAUGAAAUUGGGAUAAUAUUUAAAUUUGGUUUUUAAUAAAGAUCAAUUUAAUGAGAAAUUAAUUUCUUUUGCAUAAAACAGUUUAGUUACACACGAAACGGUUCGAAAUAUAAUUAGUUUUAUUAUGAUAAUCAACAUCAUCGUCGUCGUUAUUGGGGCGGAACGCGGAUAGUAUAAAAAUGUUAAUGUUUAAGAUUUGUGAAAAUUACGGUAGCUAUUUAUCCUAAAUAUAUUAAUGUCAUUCCUAAGCCUGUGCAAGCAGACUGUAACUGAACGCUUGGGACGACUGUAGAAAGGCUGUGAAACACUAAAGCGUGCAUGAGAUUGUUUCUUGUCUGUGUGUACUGUGAGUAUAGCCGACUUUAGCAGUUAACUUACUUAUAAAGACAGCACUCGUGUUUAUUGUAGAUAUUGUAAUAAUUAACAUUGAAAAUAUUCCAAACGUCCAACUCUGAACGUCCUGUUGUGGCAACACACGACUGCCUUUUGAUUUGUAAAUUGAUUUCAAUAACUUGUUAGUAUUAUUACAGUUUUCACGCGGCGAAGCUCGGUAACAAAUAGUAGGAGACUGAUUUUGUAUAAAUACAUAUUAUAUCGUUAUAGAGAUACUCCAUAGCUUUUAAAAUAUUUUUUUGUUUAAAUCAAUCCUGUAUGAAGGUAUCUACUACAUAAGUAUAUUUAGAUAACUGAUAAUAUUCCAAUUCUAUAAAUGUAAAAUGACUGUAUUUUAUCUAAAUCUAAGUAUGCUAAUUAUUAUUUAAAAUUAAGUCAACUAUUGUACAGCUUUCGUUUACGCUAUUAUUAUUUGUAAUUAAGUAAAUAUCUAUUUUUAAGAUACCUACUCAUAAAUUAUCUAGUUGACUUGAAUCUAGUUGAUGACUCUUGUAAAGUUGUAUAGAAAUCAUAUCAUUAUUAUAAAAAAAAUAUUAAAAUAAAUCGUUCAAUCAAACUAAA